UGACUCGGAAGUGACCGAAGGUAGUACUUGAGCUGAUUGGCUAUCAAAGUGCUUUUGUAACCGAACUAUUAUGGUGUCUACAGAUUUCGUCGAACGUCCGAUUAAAAAGCUUGUGCUGUUCGACGUCGAUGGGACGUUGUCGCCCGCCCGUCAGAAGGCGUCUCCAGAAAUGAUCCAGCUCUUGCGCGACCUCAGGAAGAAGGUUGCCAUAGGCUUUGUUGGUGGAUCUGAUCUAGUCAAGAUAACUGAACAGCUCAGUGUUGGCGAUAUCAAUGUCCUGGAGGAGUUUGACUUUGGAUUUGCUGAGAAUGGCCUUACUGCUUACCGGCUCGGAAAGCCACUGGAGUCACAAUCCUUCAUCAAAACCGUAGGUGAAAAGGACUAUCAGGAGAUGGUCAACUUCAUCUUGCAUUACAUUGCUGACUUGAACAUCCCCAUCAAACGUGGAACGUUCGUGGAGUUCCGCAAUGGGAUGAUCAAUGUCAGCCCUAUCGGCCGUAACGCGACUAUCCAGGAGCGCAACGAUUUCGAGGCUUAUGACAAGCAACACCACGUCAGGGCGGACUUUGUGGAAGUCAUGCGGGAGAAAUUCAAGCAUCUAAACCUAACAUUCUCUAUCGGAGGCCAGAUAUCGUUUGAUGUCUUUCCACACGGGUGGGACAAGACUUACUGCCUUAGACAUGUUGAGAAAGAUGACUUUGAAGAAAUCCACUUUUUCGGAGACAAGACGAACAAGGGAGGCAAUGACUACGAGAUUUUCAGCGAUUCCCGUACUGUCGGGCACACUGUCAAGAAUCCUGCAGAUACAAUGAGAAUCUGCACAGAGCUCUUCCUGUCAUAGAGCGCUCGCUAAAUGGGGUUACAAUUAUACCAAAUGACUCUCUGUUACUGUACAUAGAGCAGCUUCUACAUUGCAUGUUAAUGGACUUAUGGACUCAUUCCUAGAAGUGAUCACGACAAAUCGUGUACAUAAGCGAACAAAUACGACCAUACGUGUUUCUAUUCAAAA